AUGUCAUCGUCAGAGCCAGCCCAAGCUGAACCACCCAAGUUCAAAUUAGCGCAAGAGAGGGAACUGUACAAAUAUCUUAAACUCAACGAAGUUUUUCAAUCUGGCCCAAGCGUCCUCGACACGCCUGAAAAUGCGCGAAUUCAACAUACUGCCUACGUUCCCCGAUCGUCGCCAGAUACCGCGUUGACGGCCUUCGCCCAGUUAGGAGUUUUGAGGUUGAAGGCCCAACGUGCCUUGAUUACGCUCUUUGGUCGAGACCAACAUUAUAUCCUUGCAGAGGCCACUGAAACACUCAGUCUUCAAGAUCAUACCGUGGAGAAUGAUAGGGAUGCCUUAUGGUUGGGUUGCUGCGUUGUGCCCAAGGAGGAAGGGAUAUGUCAACAAGUUGCUUCCCUACCGAAUAUCAAACCAGAGGACGAAAAACACACGAUAGAGGGGGGUAUAUACAUGGUACCUGAUCUGCGUGAGGAUGAUCGAUUUAACAAAUUGAACAUGGUGGCCGGCUUCCCCAAAGCAAGGUUCUAUGCAGGCGCCCCCAUAAUCAGUUCUAAAGGGAUCAUCAUCGGAUCUUACUGCAUUAUUGAUGACGAGCCACGAUCCGGAUUAGAACCCCCGUCGAUAAAGUUCCUGCAAAAUAUGGCUUCGACCGUCAUGACCCACUUAGACAUGGCCCGAUGCAAAGCGGAACACCAUCGCGCAGAGCGAAUGGUUGUGGGAUUCGGAAGUUUUGUGGAAGGAAAAGCAACCCUCCGCAAAGAGUGGGUACAGGAUACUGGACUACGCCUGAAUGAACAAGGACAUGGCGAAGGCCACCUGAAUAUAGUGCAACAAAAUGCACAAAUCAAAUCCGGUCUGCUCACAACAGUCCACACUCGCCCAUCAUCCCCACCGCUGCAGUCACAAUCCUCCCCGCUAAAUAGUCACGAGCAAUUCAAACGCUCCGAUUUGUCUGACGUACCAUCGCCGAGCCUCUUCCCAAGACCAUUCUCUUCGUCGUCAAAGUCUGACAAGAAUUCAGACGCCAGUAUCGACCAGAUAUCAAGUCCCAGCAAAGCCGAAACACAGACUAGUUUCUCUGUCCGAAGCACGGUAUCGACCGAAAAUCUACAAGACGACAUUCUGUCCAUCGGAGUUCGACAAAUCUUUUCGCGGGCAGCUAACAUCAUCAGGGAGUCGAUAGAAGUUGAAGGCGUCGCGUUCUUCGACGCGAGCAUCGGGUCUUAUGGUGGUCUCGUCAGUGAUACGAAGCGAAAGGGGCCAGGCUCGGAUAGCGGUACUCUGGAAAGCUCGAUGGGCAGCAGUGACGAUAGCACCGGAUCUGAUUACCAGAAAAGCUCUACCGCAUCAGCCGGGAAGGAGACAGUUCCAGAGAAUACGACUCUAUGUGAAAUCCUAGGUUUCUCGACUUCGGCUACAUCCAGUAUCAACGAUGACUCGAAAGGAAGACUUGCCCUCCGGGAAGUGUUACUGAAGGCGCUCCUGCGGCGUUACCCACAGGGCAAGAUUUUUAAUUUCAGCGAGGAGGGAUCGAUGUCUUCGGACGAAAGCAGUGAUGGCCCUUGGAAGAGCUCGUUGGACCGUGAGGACUCAAACCAGAUCAAGACCAACCUCGUAGGUGGAAGAGGUAGAGGGAACCGGAAAAAGACGCGCAGUGCCACGCUCAAAGAGGAUGGAAAUAUUCUCAUUCGACUCUUCCCAGGAGCUCGUAGUAUCGCUCUUCUGCCGAUGUGGGAUUCCCACCGAGCUCGGUGGUUCUCGGGCGCUCUGGUUUGGACAAAUACACCUCAACGUGUCUUCACGUCCGAGACUGAACUCACGUAUCUGUCAGCCUUCGGAAAUAGUAUCAUGGCGGAGGUACAUCGCCUGGAUGUCGAGAUGUCCGAAAAGGCGAAAACAAAUCUGGUCAGCAGCAUCUCGCACGAGUUACGAAGUCCUCUCCAUGGUAUUCUUGGCACGUCAGAAAUACUUCGGGACACGGCAAUGAACGCACUUCAGCACGGGUUGGUACACACUAUUGAAUCGUGUGGGCGGACAUUGUUGGAUACGAUCAACCAUUUGCUGGACUUUUCGAAGAUAAACAAUUUUCGGAAGGAAGGUAGCAACAAAGCUCUUCAUAAACGGAAAGGCCCUUCAAAACGUCACAAAAACACAGAUCCAUCACCUCAUAGCCUGCAGCCAUCACGACGGUCAAGGCAUAGUGGUAUGAUUAGUCUGAAGUCUGAUAUCCAGUUGGAUGCGGUUUUGGAAGAGGUAAUGGAAAGCGUCUUCGCAGGCUAUAGUUUCUACCACAGCCCACAAAGGUCGAUGACGAUAGACCGUCCAAACCACAUGGCACUCGACGUGUUGGGGCCCUUCCAGCAAGAAAAUCAGGUCAGCAUCAUCCUGGAUAUCGACCAAGGUGCCGAAUGGAGAUUUUUCACCCAAAUAGGUGCCUGGCGCCGAAUCAUGAUGAACAUUUUUGGCAACGCCCUCAAGUACACCAAAACUGGCUUUAUCUUAGUGAAGUUGACGGCAUCGCCUAUCUCUCCCGCCAAAGAUGCCGUCCCCGGAGGGCCUGCUGAUUUUAAAGUGACUCUCACAGUUAAGGAUACGGGUAUUGGAAUGAGCAUGGAGUAUCUCCAGAAUAGUUUGUUCACUCCAUUCACGCAAGAAGACUCGCUUGCGCCCGGAAACGGACUCGGGUUAAGCAUCGUUCACCAUGCGGUUCUGUCCAUGGGUGGUCAGAUCGAAGUCACUUCACUCCGGGGUCGUGGCACCGAAGUCUCGAUUGAAGUACCUCUUAUCCACAUGCCCAACCAAAAAGCCACUGUCAGUCCAUCUGAAAUCGAGCCCAUGUUGAAAAUGAAACACGCUACACGUGGCGCGACCAUGGGGCUCUUGGAGCUGGGAUCACCUGACAUCUCCGAUCGCGAUACAAUUCUAUGUAAUUCUUUGGAGAAACUGUGCAAGAACUGGUUCGAGAUGGAUGUAAGUAUUCUUGAUCCAUCGAAUGCUUCUUGCCCCUCCUGCGAUUUCUACAUUGCAGUGCAGACAGAUACCAAUUCAGUCAACACUUGGGAAUCUUGGUUGUCAAAACCCCAGAAUUCUGCCAAUGGCAUUGUUGAGAAUCGAAGAUCUCCGAUUGUGGUGAUUUGUCGGUCGCCGGAGGCAGCACAUCUCAUGUUUGUUGCAGCAAAUCAAUCAAAACACGAGACCAUAGUUGAAUUCAUCAGCCAGCCCUGCGGCCCACGAAAAUUGGCCAAGGCAUUGAACAUUUGCAUCAAGCGACAGCAAGGUCAGGACCUUCUGGCUGAUAGUGACCCUAAUAUAAAUCAAGAUCAACCUCGAACAAGGCUUACGUUCCAGUCUACAGAGUCCCUUCCAGUCUCCAGGGAGGGCAUCGAAACACAACGUGCAGAAGAUGAGAUGAAUUUCCAAAAACACAAAGCAGGGAAAAAGGCGAUGGAUGAUGAAUACCGCAAGUUGGACGAAACGAAAGAUCUCCAGCAACCUGGGGACACUCGUUCACAAAAAGAAAGAGAUGCCAUUACUUUACCAAUUCGACAGGGAUUGCCCAAGAUAGAGGAGCCUAGUCUGACAGUGUUGUUGGUUGAAGAUAAUGAUAUCAAUCUGCAGAUAUUGGUUGCACAUAUGAGGAAAGAGGGAUACAGGUAUACGACCGCCCGCAAUGGGUUGGAGGCGUUGAACACUUUCAAAGCCCAUCCUACAAAAUUCGGAGUGAUCCUAAUGGAUAUCUCCAUGCCUGUAAUGAACGGGUUCGAAUCUGCUCGGCUCAUUCGCAAGGCUGAGCGGGCCUAUCAGAACGGACUCGAUUCCUCAGCGAAAGAUUCAUUCAGGCCCGUUACUAUUGUCGCUCUGACUGGCCUUGCAAGUGCUAGUGAUCGACACGAGGCCUAUGGGUCAGGAAUGGACCUCUUCUUGGCGAAACCAAUCCAACGGAAAGAACUAUUCGAGAUAUUGAAUGAGAAGAACCUAAGCGAGGUUAAGAAAUCCUCUCAAUGA